CAGCACAUGGGCGUAAAUUUCCAGCCACCAGCUCUUCCACCCUGAACGCAACCUCCUAAAAUAGCAGUGCGACUUCAGGAAGCCUCAGGAAAAGAUGGCUGAAACUCUUUCACCGAUAACUCGUCAAGUUACUAAAGAAAACCAUGAAACCUGGACUCCGUCUGUCGAUAUUUGUCUUGAGGACGUGGAAGACUGUUUGAUUUACGAUCGACACGGAGUCCCUAUUCCGUUCAAGAAAUUAUAUCAAGACAGGAAAUCGGUGAUAAUUUUCGUCCGGAAUUUCCUGUGCUACAGCUGUAAAGAGUAUGUGGAUGACUUGAGCAAAAUCCCCAGAGAAACCCUGGAGGAGGCAGAUAUAAGACUGGUUGUGGUUGGUCAGUCUGCAUACCAUCAUAUAGAGCCAUUCUGCUCUCUGACUGGGUAUCCUUAUGAGAUAUACGUGGACCCAGAGAGGAACAUUUAUCAAAAGAUGGGGAUGAAAAGAGAGGAGAUAUUUACAGACUCAGCUAACCCCAGUCCCCAUGUGAAGUCUGGUUUAUUUAUGGGACAAAUGAAGAGUAUUUGGAGGGCCAUGACCAGCCCCCUUUUUGACUUCCAGGGUGACCUUCAACAGCAGGGAGGAUCCAUUAUUGCAGGCCCAGGCUCUCAAGUUCAUUUCGUCCAUUUUGAUACAAACCGUCUGGACCACAUGCCCAUUAACUGGCUCCUGCAGCUCGCUGGAGCUCAACAGACUCUGGACUUUGGUGAUAAACCAAAGAUCAUCCAUGUGUAGACAGCUGUUGGCCUGAUGUUUGGUGCCACAUUUAUAAUAACUCGUGCAGGGAUGUUCAUAUUUAAUAACAUUAUUUUUCACCAAAAAUUUGCAAAAAUUGAGAGUAAAUUUCCACUUUAUUCUCUGACAGCAGUUGUAUAUCAUUAUUUUUGCACUGAUUGAUUACUUAAUGCUUUGUCGAUUGUGAAGGUUCAUUUUUUGCAUUUGAAAACAUAUUUAACAAUUUUAUUGCAAACUGGAUACACAGUUUUACUUGGCAGAGAAGGCUCUUCUCGAAAGAUGCUUCCUGGGUAAAUCAAGCAGCAUGCUUUUACUUAGCAUGAAUCUGAAUGUAAUGGUGUAACAAACUUUAUGCAAGAAAGGAGGAGGCUGGGGUGGUGGAAGUUAUGCUUUUACAGCUGUGUGGUGCAUCAGCAUUAAUUCAAGCAGGGAUUAGUGAGAAAUAUGUCUUAGUUAAAUACACCACUGUGUUGAGAAAAAGAGCUGUGAUUGGCUGUGGGAGCUGGGAGGCGAUAAUUAGGAUCAGCUGGCUGUCAGCUGAUCACAGCUGGGCUUAUGACUACCCUGUCCUGCAUGAACUAAACUAGGCUUCACUGCAUGAUUUGGGACACACUACCCUGUUGAGAUUAGUGUAGUAUUAAAUAUCCUGCAGUGACAUAUGUUAACAGAAGUUUGUGAUUUGAACUGCACUACAUUUCUUUCUUUUUAAUUAUCAGUAGUGUCAAAAAUAAAAAAAAGCUGUAGCUUUCCAGUCAUGCUUUGAAGCAUACGAGAAAGAGCAUUUUUACUGAAUUACACAUACGUUGAAAAUGAAACUUAACAUGGCACAAAAGUUUGCUUGCAAUGUUUAAUUACAACAAAAUAUGGGAUAGGACUUAUGUUUUUGUUACUGUGGUGCUGAAACAGAAUCAAGUUACAUUUUUACUAUUGUCAUAUCAAAGUUUAAAAUCUUGACAACCCUAGAAUGUACUACAAUCAAUAUUUGUCUAGGCCAUUUUUACACGUUCUAUCUUUUCAAUCUGUCGUCAUUACAAUGCCAUGUUUUGGAAACACUAUUCCCUUUGUUGAAGAAUAUAGAUUAUUUUUUGGUUUAUAUUCAUGAACAGUUCGUUACAACUGCCUCUGGUCAGGCUUGUCCAUCACAAUCUUUUUAAUAUGAUCAUCUUUACUGUGUUUAUUGUAAUGUAAUUA